AUGGGGAUAAUGCCUCCACCAUCGGGCGUCGCCACGCCAGCCUGUACUGAGGGCAAACGCCAUCACCGUGGACGCUCUUAUGGAAGACAUCUCAGCCGUCCAGAUGCGGCGGAUCGCAGAUCCACGUCGUCUCGUGGCAGCAGUAGAAGUAAUACGUCCGCCCCAGGCGCAACCAAGCCUCCUUCCCUGGAGCCCAGUAUUCGAAGAGCGCUCAGCAGACUCUAUGACCACUUGAAGGGAACGGAGAAGACUCUUUCUGCAGCAGAUCUUGAGUUCUUCCUGCGAGAGAUGCAAAACGACCGCGACAAACCCUAUUUAAAGAACGUACGUUCUGGGACCACGUAUUCCUUCCCGGAAUUCUGCGACUUCUGGUAUGAACACGCCAGCCACUCGAAAGGCCCCAUCGAGAAAUUGGACCUCGAUAAACCCAUGUCGAAUUACUACAUCAACAGCAGCCAUAAUACUUACAUUGGCGACGGGGAUCAGGUCAUCAAGCGAGGAUGCAGAUGCGUAGAGAUUGACGUCUGGAACUCUCCGCACCUCAACGAGACUCCUCGUAGCCCCCGGGCCCUUCGACAACAAAGAGGCCCAAUUGGACAACAUUGGUCGUUGGAUUCACUGCUGUCGUGGAUGAAAAUGCGAUUCCAGAACGGAGCUGGGGCUGACAGAAGGCAGUCCUUCAAGAAGCCGUUGGUGAGAGUCCGGGCGCUUUCGGAUGCGGAUUGGGACGAGAAGCUCGAGCACGAACCACGGGUGUGCCACUGUCUCCCGACUCCCAUAGCGGGAGAUCUCAGUGCGCGCACUGGUUUACCUUUCAGACUCGUGUGCAGGGCGAUCAAGGCUGUGGCAUUCGAACAGACCGACCUGCCACUCAUCAUCAGCUUGGAAAAUCACACGACUGGUUCACAACAAGAGGAAAUGGUGAAGAUCAUGAAGGAUGAAUGGCAAGGGCUCCUCCUGGAAGACUCUCUCCCAGGUUGCGAUCCUGAGACGCAACAACCUAAUGUCAGGGACCUGAGAGGGAAAAUACUCAUCAAAGGGAGGAAGAAAGCGCAGAAGAACGUCACCGCCAAGUCCAACCUGAAGUGUGAGGUCAAGUCAAUACGAAGCGAGGCGUACAGCUCUAUAUCCUCAAAAUUCAGCACAACGAAGGCGCACGAAUACUACCACACGACAUCACAGACUACCUCACCUCCGAAGAAGCAGAAGGUAAAGGGUGAAAAGAUCCUCGACGCGCUUGACAAGCUGGCCAUAUACACGUUCAGCCCGGGUCCCUUCAAGUCUUUCAACUCAAGAGACGCCGAUAAGCCAGCCCACAUCUUCAGCUUCGGCGAGGAAAAGUUGAAGGCACUCCAUAGGACCAAACACAAGGACAUCUUCCAGCACAACAAGAAAUACCUAGCAAGAACGUUCCCAGAGAGCCUCUCGGCUUUUCUCUCGACCAAUCCCAACCUCCCAACUUUGUUCUGGCGAAAAGGUGUCCAGAUGGUCGCGCUCAACUGGCAGUACUGGGACACAGCGAUGCAUCUCAACGACGCCAUGUUCGAAGAUAGUAAUGGCUGGGUCCUCAAGCCCCGAGAAUAUCAGUCCGACUCUGCAGCAACUUGCCAGGCCCAAGUCAAAGAAAAGAAGAAGAUUUCCUUGUGCAUCACCAUCCUGGGAGGACAGCACAUCCCGACCCCUCGAGUUCUCGACGCCGAGGAGUCAAAUGAGAAAGCUAGCACCGAUGACUCUGAUGUGAGGGCGAUCCCUGUGGUGGACGACAACGAUUUCCGGCCCAAAGUCAAAUGCUACCUACACGUUGAGAGUCACAGGGAGAGAAACCCCAUGAAGAAGAUGAGCGAGGAAGAAAUCUGCAAGGAGACCAAGUCCGCCGAGACCAGAAAUCCCACAUGGCCGGAACAUGAAUCGAAGUUGGAAUUCCCGACAGUGAGCCACGUAGUCGAGAAGUUGAGCUUCGUAAGGUUCCGGGUCGAACACUGUGGCCUCAUCAGAGAUCAGCGCACCGCAUGGGCAUGCAUCCGCCUCGACAGGCUGCAAGAGGGGUACAGGCUCAUCAAUCUCAAGGAUCCCGGUGGUGGCUCAACCGACGGUAUGCUUCUGGUGAAUGUCCAGAAGACCAUUCAUCAUGAGCCCCCCAGACCGCUGUCGUUCAGGGCUAAGACCUGGAAUGCCUUGGGAUGUGAUUGGAAGAUUAGUGCAUCCUCAGGCACGAUACCCCGAAUCUCAGAAUUUUCACGGCGUGAAACGGUGGAUGUGUCGACAGACAGGGCAUGA